AUGGACAUCGACGACCUUGAGGUCCGAUUCAAUCCAAGUCCAAACGACCUCAACGCAUGGGCGAAACGCAUCAGGCUAGAAAAGCCCGACGAACACGAGUUACAGAGAAUGUAUGCAAGAGCGAGAAGAUUCCUGAUCGACAAGAGGGAUGAUUUAAUUUCCCACCAUGGUUGGGUAUCUUCUAGCGAAGGCCGCAAUGACGGGAACAUGUUGUUCGUACUAGAAAAAGACGUUUGCUCCUCGUACGACGUUGGUUUCGGGUUCCCGACGAUUCGUGACGCCUUGCGGCUGGAACUUCCGGUCAGAAUAGCAGAUAUGCUAGACACAUGGGAAGUAGAUAAGUGGGGGAAGAUGUUCUCGGAUACGAACAUCUUCCAUCCCGGAACCUCCUGCUGCUUCAAGGACCGCCCAGCAUCUCUGUCCGACAUCUUCCACUUUAUCCAGAUCCUUGUGCCGGGCCUCUUGGUAGUCGUCGACCGGAAAGAUAAAGGUGGUGAUGGAGAGGCUAUAGUUUAUCGAGUUCUUCCCGACGACAAAUGGAUGUAUCAGAACAAGAGUUUCUUGUCGAUGGUCUUGGGGACCGCACGGUUCACGAGGUUACUUGAAGCGGCCGAAGACUUUCGGCAGGAUGUUUACGAUUGCAGACACUACGAUAGCGACCGAUCCGACAGUCCUUCCGAUCUGAUUAACGUUGCGAAUGGCGGGCCAUCUUACGACGAUGUCUGCGGAACUUCGGCGCCGUAUACGAGCAGUGACAAGGAGCUUGGGUACUAUGAUGACUGGAACGAUUGA